AUGAUUCCAACGAUGGAUGGAGUAGCUUGGCACUUUACUGGACCACCAGGAUGUGAAGUUGAUGAUUUGGGAUUUAAACGACCGUGGGAUAAUCAUGGUUGUGCUGCUUCCGAUACGCCAUUUGAGCUAGGGCAAUUAGCCUACGAAGAGUUUUGGAUGGAGUAUUGUCAGAUUUUAAUUCGACGACAAAAACGUUGGGAUCAGAUUGAUCCUAGACGAAACCCUAAGUGUCUCCGAAGAUUCAUUCACAAAGGAAUCCCACAUGUACUCCGAAAAGAUAUCUGGCUUCGCAAUUCCCCGCCUCGAGGGACCCCUGAUCCAAACUAUACAGUACCUUUCGAAGUAGUGGAAUCAAUACGAAAAGAUUUGCAACGAACUUUCCCAGAUAAUAUUUUCUUAUCAACAACCACGUCUCGAAAUGCACUUGGUCGAAUGCUGUUCCAUUUAGCUCAUCAUGUACCAUUAAUAGGAUAUUGUCAGGGUUUGAAUUUUGUGGCUGGGCUCAUAUUAUUAGUGGUUAAAGAUGAAAAUCGAGCUACAGACUUGUUAAUAAGUCAAGUAAGUAAAAGACAGGAAAUGUAUGAUCCGAAGCUAUCUGGUCUAAGACGCGAUAUUCGUGUUCUGCAUGCUCUUUUAUGGAGUCGCUGUGAAAAAUUUUGCAACUUGCUGGAUGAGUUGAAUAUAGGUUUGGAGCUUUUUGUGACGAAAUGGUUUGUAUGCUGGUACGUUGAGGUUCUUCCAAUGGAGACUGUUCUCCGUAUAUGGGAUUGUUUAUUUUAUGAUGGGGACGUGUGGCUUUUUCGUAUUGCCGUACGUCUCAUAAGAGAACAUCAAAAUAUUUUAAUUCGCGCCAAGACAAUUGACCAGCUCAUCCAAGCGUUCAAUGAUCUAGGGAAAACAGCCUACGCUUUGAAUUGUCAUAGACUUUUAGCAGAUGCAAAAUUUGAACCUAUUGAUCAAAAUCUGGUGGAUAAGCUAAGAGCAAGCGAAGAAUUAGAUUAUGAUGAAAUGGAAAGUGAAGAAGCUUCAGACAAAUUGACAAAAACGUGA